AUGGUCGAACAACUACAGGAAGACACUGCCGCCCUCAUCGCUCGACUUGCAGAUACCAACACUGCUGCGGUCAAGCGUGCCCUUCUCGAUGCUGUGGAGCGCUUUGACGCGCUCGACCCCAUCGCCCUCUCCAACCUUCCAAGACGUGAACGAACCGGCGGUGUGGAGACGAAGAAGGCGACUACCUUACGCGAAGCGCAUAGUCGAUCCUGGCCUGCCGCGCUCUGGCUCGGAGCCCACCGCCAUCUCCGACAGUUCCUUGACGAAUUCACACGUGGGCUUACCCUACAGAAAGGUUCCACCGUUGAACGCAAGAUAACACAUAGCAAGGCCGUGUUAGAUCGCUGGGGGUCUGACUUCUGGUUCCAAUUACGCUCUGCCGACGCAUGUUUACCAGGCAAACCUCCGCUAUCUUCCCGAAACCCGCAGAAACGAAUCAUGAAUGUCUAUCGCCAGCAAGAGCGCUGA